AUGAGGUCAGAUCGUAACGUGGACGGUCUCCAGCAGGCGCUGCAUCAGUCCGUCUUCCUCUCGGCCAUGUCUGCUCACCCGAGCCGUGAUCUGCCGCUGUGCUGGGAGCAGCACUGUAAGCUUCUGCCCGGUGUGGCCGGCGUUCAGGCCAGUCGCGUCGCCCACUGGAGCGUGGAGGAGGUGGCUGAUUUCAUCCAUUCUUUACCCGGCUGUGAGGAACAGGCCAAGCAGUUCAGAGAGGAGCAAAUCGACGGGAAGGCCUUUCUUCUGUUGACGCAGCGAGACAUCGUUAAGAUAAUGAGCGUGAAGCUCGGCCCGGCCCUCAAGAUCUACAACUCGAUCCUGAUGUUCAAACACGCCGAGGAUAAGAAGCAGCCGCCGGCGGGAGACACAUGAAGCACAGAUUAAUCUACUGUAUCCAUGCAUUCCCAACGCCUCCGUUAGUGCUAAUCACCCUACGGCCUCGUCUCCGUCAGGUUCCCUUUCUGCCUUUAAACCCUCUCCUUUUCCUUCUCAAACUCAACCACGCGACAAUCAAACGCAGUCGCCGGCGUCUAUGAGAGGUUUCUCUCGGUCACGGUGCUAUGUGUACGCAAACACAAACAGGCGAACAGCGACUACAGGAUUUGCUCUUGUGUGUGUGUGUGUGUGUGUGUGUGUGUGUGUGACUCUAAAUAAACAGUAUAUCCGCUAAUGAACGUUUUGUCAUCGUUUACUCGCUCUUUACAUGACCAAACCCCUGUGACUUUCACAAAACAACAUGCUGCUGUUUUCAGUGUAAAGGAAGUGAAUGGAGACUCGAGUGAAUGACACAAACAGCUCCGUAUCGUAUAAUCAUCUGUACAGCUUUGAAUAAGGACUGAAAAUGUUCGGUUUCUCUCCAAUCAAGUUAGUGCUGGGCAAUGAUUAAUCGCGAUUAAUCGCAUUAAAAAU